AUGGAGUCGGGGGACACGGCAUCAACCGGUGUGCGCGAGAACACUCCUCCUGCUCCAGCAGGCAGCGAGGAAUCAAAGGUCCCAACCGACGUCACACAGCCAACGAAUGGUGAAACUCAAUCGGCAGACCGGACUGAUGCUGCCAAGCACUCACCGAAGGAGAAGUGUUCCAAAAAGCGUUUUGCGCCAAAAACCAGGCACAAAAAGCCUAAAACAACAGCUUCUCCUGUUCGAUCCUCUUCAGACCUUGAAAAUAUCGACAGUGAGGACAAAACAUCUUCAACCUCAAAUUCACGAGAAAACAGUGUUUCUGAGACUGAGACUGUCGAGAGCAAGCGGGUGGCCAAAAAGAGAGACGACUCCCACAAAUCGAAGAGAGCCAAUGCAAAAAAGCAGAAAAGGUUCUACAAGACUCGAGAGUCGGUGGGAUCAGGUUCUAACUCUGAGUCGAGCUCUUCAGAUAGUGAUCAGAGCUCGGAAGAUAGAAAGGACCAGAGAUCCCAAGAAAAUAUUAUCAGGCAGCUACAGCAGCUGAAAUCUGUUAUCCAGAAACAGCAGCAGCAGCAGCAGGGAAAUUCUUAUCAGUACUCUGCUGGGGUUCAACAUUACGGAGCCACCCUUGCCGACAUAGCACAACAAACGGUUAACGAGAACGGCCUGCGCAACAGCUCAUCGCGCAGUCACCAAAAUGGGCAACCUUCGUCAGGGCUGUUGAACCCGGCCUUGAGUGUCGUAGAUACUCUCCUCAUGCAGGCCACCCAGCAGCUGAUGGAACGGAAGAAACAACAGAAACCCACAAAACUUGAUUACAAACGUGUUGAUCAAGUGUGGGACAACAGUAUUCAUAACUACAAGCUACAGGACACGGCGGAACAAGUAGUUGAAAAUCAUCAUGAUGAGUUUAUCUUCCACGUUCGCCGCACAUUCGACUGGGAGGGGAAGUACAAGGCAACAUACGUUGACAUAAAAAGCAAGCUUCUACGAGAAUGUCUCCAAGCUGUUAUGGGGAAUAUCAAGGGGGUCAGCCUAGUUGAAGAGAUUCCCAAACUGGAUCCUAACAUGCUUUUCUUAUAUUUAGAGGACUUGAGAGAGUAUUUGAAGGAGUUAAAAAAGAUUAAGGCAGCAAAAUACGAUAAGCGUGAGCGCAAGAAGGAACAGAAGAGGACAGAAACCAAGCACAAACAUCUUAAGGUUCUUAUUACAUAUCUAGACAAGGACUAUGCGGAGGUCAAGAAGAGUCUUUAUCCCAUGUUGGAGAACGGCCUCAUCACUUUCGACCUUCUUUGGGCGCUUUGGAAGCCAAACACACUCGCAUUCACUACGACCUAUGGCUCACAUGAUGAACCACGAGUAUUCAAGGUUGAAGUUGCUGAAAAGCACUACGGAAUCAUGAGGGGCAAUACUAUUACCUCGAUGGCAAGGAACCAGUAUUUCGAGUUUGAUGGGAGGCAGUUUGGCUAUGGCAGCAUGGCAGAGGAGAUUGACGAAUUCCGGGGGGCACGAAAAAUCACGAGUCUCCCAUGCUUCCCUUUGAAGUACCACAAGGACGAAGCUCAGCUGCGCAAGGAAUUAAUCGAGCGCGGUAAGAAGUUCGUCGCCCUGGCUGGAGUUAACUACAAGAGCCACCAGGGGUUGGCAUACUACAAGAAGAAGAAAUCGAUCAUCAAGGUCAACAUCAACGGGCGCAUCAUGGUUGAUCCUGCUGUCCACCGCCGAAUCAACCCGAAUUAUCCGAUUUCUCACGUGAGGCCUAAAGAAAACGAGACCCUCAUGGAUGGUGAGGACUCUAAUGAAUCUAGCUGCUGCGGAUGUAACCCAGGGGAGGUGGAAAGUCAAAUGGUUAAGCAUGUGACUAAGCUUGCUAAGGAUGACAAUGGCAACGCACGAGUUGUGGUUGUUCAAGGGUCGUAUGACGAUGAGAAGGCCGGGGAGGAUAGGAUGACGAAAAAUAUCCCCGAGUUCAGCGACGAGGAGUACCUCAUCGCAUCCCCUGUUGUUCUUGGAUUCGCCUUUGCUGAGAAGCUCUGGCUGGAGUUUACCGUGUCCGGCGUCAAAGAUAUCCAAUGGAACGAGACAGCUUAUGACUCUUUGGUGCUCGAGCCCAAGACCAAGGACAUUGUAAAGGCACUUGUCGAGUCCCACAAAUACCACGCAGCUGAAAGCAUUGACGACGUGAUUCAAGGGAAAGGCAAGGGCUUGGUGGCUGUCCUCCAUGGCCCGCCAGGGACUGGCAAGACACUAACCGCGGAGGGAAUUUCAGAACUCCUCAAGUGCCCAUUGUAUAUGAUCUCGGCAGGCGAGCUGGGAACAGACUCGCGGUUCCUCGAGAGUGAGCUCCAAAAAAUCCUUGAUAUUUGUCAUGCCUGGGGCGCCAUCCUUUUACUGGAUGAAGCCGAUGUUUUCCUGGAGAAGCGAAACAUGCAUGACAUCCACCGUAAUGCGCUUGUUAGCAUUUUCCUUCGGCAGCUUGAAUAUUUCCAAGGUAUCUUGUUUCUGACAACAAAUCGGGUAGAGACGUUUGAUGAUGCCUUCCAAUCCCGCAUCCACAUUGCUCUGCGCUAUGACAACCUCGAUUAUCGGGCUAAGAAGGCUAUCUUCAAAAUAUUCAUUGAGAGGGUUCGAGUACUCGAAACGCUCAGCAUAAUGCCCUUCACCGAAGAAGACUACAACCAGCUGGCACGCAGCAUCGUCCUUGCCGACGGCCUGAAGACGUUUCGAGGCACGUCUCGCUCACCCGGCACGGUGUUUGACAUACUGUAUUAUGGAGUCGGCACGCUGGCCGAAGGCAUACCCAUCAUGAUGCUUGGUGGGACGAGUCCCGUCACCAACGUGAUCCUUCCAAGCCAUUACGACGAAUCUCUUCAAUCGGCCAUUCCUCCGGCCCUUAUAACUGAAGUUGCGCUUCGCAUCCGCCAUCUCAUUGAGCAGUGUGUCCCCGUCGAGCUCAACACAGAGUUAGUGACGCGUCCACACAGCAAAGUCAUUACCCCAAAGGUGAUCAACGCUGCCAAAGAAGCUGGUGGCCAGGAGCAUGGGGCCUGUGUUGUGUUCUGCUUGUUGAUCAACAAGCAGUGGUGGCAGCACCAGGCUUUUCUUGAGCUGUGGGAUGCUGGCCUGCAUAAUCUACGUGCAACUGCUUGCGAGGUCAUUGCUAAACAAAUCAUUGAGUCCGAAGAGGACGCUGACUAUCUAUUGCACUCGGUCCUCCUCAAGAGAUAUUCGAUCAUCGUCAAUGGCAAUCCCACACCGCCGGCUAACGUAAUCGAGAAGGCGGUAGACCUCCACGCACUGCUCGUCAUCGGCUCGUCUAGCUAUCAGAGAUGUAUCAACUUCCUCUGGCGCGGCUGGGUAGUUCAGGAUGAAGACGACCCGUCCACAUUCGUAUACUACAAAAAGAGGGAUGACCCCACGUACAUCUCCCAUUUCGACCCCAAUCGGAUGCGCGCACCCGUCUACCAAAAUGCGGCGCAAAUACUCAUAUCAUUCAUCUAUCUCGGCCUCUACACAGCCUCCAUGAACUCGGUCAACGAGAAUGGGGGCAUCGACUUUGUCGAGGGCUUGCUCUACGUCUUCACUCUAGGCUUCGUCUGUGACGAGAUCACCAAGGUUUGGAAGGCAGGUUACCACAUCCUUGGAUUUUGGAGUGCCUUUAACGGUGUUUUGUAUGGCUUGCUCACUAUCAGCCUGGUGCUGCGUUGCAUUGCCCUCGGCCACGCAAUCGAUGACCCAAACGGCUUCCGCCAUCACUAUACCACCCUCAGCUAUGCCUUUCUUGCCGUCAGCGCUCCUAUGUUCUGGGCUCGGUUGUUACUCUAUCUUGACAGUUUCCGCUUCUUCGGGGUCAUGUUGGUGGUACUCAAGGUCAUGAUGAAGGAGUCAAUCAUCUUCUUUGCCCUUCUUGCCGUAAUCAUUGUUGGCUUUUUACAGGCUUUUAUCGGACUCGAUUACGCUGACGACCAAAUGUCCGAGGACAUCCGUUUCAUCUUCCAAUCUAUGGCCAAUGCUUUGAUGCAGUCACCUGAUUUUAGUGGGUUUGAGAGGUUCCAACCGCCCUUUGGUUUGAUCCUGUACUACUGCUUCACCUUUGUGGUCAUGGUCAUCCUUCUCAACAUCUUGAUUGCCUUGUACAACUCGGCCUACACAGAUAUCUAUGAGAACGCUAAUGACGAGUAUCUCGCCAUGUUUGCUCACAAGACCAUGAGAUUUGUCCGGGCUCCAGACGAAAAUGUUUUCAUCCCCCCGUUCAACCUUAUCGAGAUACUCUUCCUGACACUGCCUCUUGAAUGGUGGAUGGAUAAGAAAACAUAUGAACGUAUCAAUGAUAUCGUAAUGAACAUCAUCUACUCGCCAUUGUUGCUCGUCUCUGCCUACUUCGAGAUGUGUACAGCGAAAGAAAUCCAGGAAAAUCGUUCUCGAGGUGACGACGAUGAUAGCACUUUCGAAGAGUGGGAGCAGCUGCAACAUGAAGUCGACUUUGAGGCCGACGGUUGGGCAAAGCGCGUAGAAGCUGCAAAAAGCAACCUUGAAGAGGACGCCGCAGUGGUGGAGGUCAGGAAGCUCAAGGAGGAGGUAGAGCAGCUGAAAAUGCUGCUCGUAUCCCUGCAAAUAUCCCUGGGCGUAAACCGAAGCGAAACUGAGGGAGAAGGGAACAGCAAUCAGUAA